AGAGGCCGGGCUGGGGGCGGCCUGGCAGGAAGCGGCGCGUACCUUCCGCUGUUAGAGGAGCAGGUGGCUGCAGUGCGGCCCCGGGCCCCAGGCUUCCUGUGUGCGCACCCGCCGGCUGCUCUUUCCCGCCAGAGCUCACUGGGCCACCCCAGACGGUCCGGCCCUAUGGCCCAGACCCCGGACGGAAUAUCAUGUGAGCUGCGAGGCGAGAUCACCAGGUUCCUGUGGCCCAAGGAGGCGGAACUGCUGCUUAAAACCUGGCUACCCCAGGAGGGUGCAGAGCAAAGUCAUGUCUUGGCACUGCUGCGAUGGAGAGCCUACCUGCUCCACACCUGCCUCCCGUUGAGGGUGGAUUGCACGUUCAGCUACCUGGAGGUCCAGGCCAUGACACUACAGGAGACACCUCCACAGGUCACCUUUGAACUGGAGUCCCUGCCUGAGCUGGUCCUGGAGUUUCCUGGCGUGGCUGCCCUGGAACAGCUGGCCCAGCAUGUGGCUUCAGCCAUCAAAAAGGUUUUCCCUCACUCGAUCCUUGGGAAACUAUUCCUGAAGCCCACACCCCCCUCAAUGUUGGCUCGGCUGGAGAGAAGCAAUCCGUCAGAGUCCACAGCACCCAGCAGCCCUUGUGGUGGCUUCUUGGAGACUUAUGAAGCUCUGUGUGACUACAAUGGCUUCCCUUUCCGAGAGGAGAUUCAGUGGGAUGUGGACACCAUCUACCAUCGGCAGGGCUGCCGCCAUUUCUGCUUGGGAGACUUCAGCCACCUUAGCAGCCGGGAUCUGGCCUUGAGUGUGGCUGCCCUGUCCUACAACUUAUGGUUCCGGUGUCUCUCCUGCGUGGACAUGAAGCUGAGCCUCGAGGUCUCAGAACAGAUUCUGCACAUGAUGAGUCAGUCAUCCCACCUGGAGGAGCUGGUGCUGGAGACCUGUGGCCUGAGAGGAGACUUUGUCCGGCGACUGGCUCAGGUACUGGCAGGACACUCAAACUCUGGGCUGCGGGAACUCAGCCUGGCCGGGAACCUGCUGGAUGACAGAGGUAUGGUUGCGCUUAGCAGACACCUACAGCAUCGUCCAGGAGCCCUGAGGAGACUCAGCCUAGCGCAGACAGGGUUGACUUCGAGAGGAAUGAGGGCUCUGGGCGAGGCACUGGUCACCAAUGCUGGCUUUGACUCUAUCCUGACUCACCUGGACCUUUCUGGGAACCCUGGAGCCCUGGGAGCCUCUGAGGACAAUGGGGGCCUCUACGGUUUCCUGAGCCGUCCUAAUGUUCUCCAGCACCUGAAUCUUGCAGGCACUGACACCGCCCUAGACACUCUCUUCGCAGCACUGUCUGGGGGCUGCUGCUCUAGCCUCACCCACCUCGACGCUUCAAGAAACGUCUUAUCCCGCACGAAGUCCAGAGUCCCGCCAUCUGCGCUGCAACUCUUUCUUAGUCGCGCGGGGAAGCUGCGGUACCUGGGCCUGGCCGGCUGCAAGCUGCCGCCUGAUGCGCUCAGGGCCCUUUUAGAUGGCCUCUCGCUCAACACGCAUAUCCGCGACCUGCACCUGGACCUCAGCGCUUGUGAGCUGCGUUCUGCGGGUGCGCAGGUGAUACAAGAUUUAGUGUGCGACGCGGGCGCCGUGAGCUCCUUAGAUCUGGCGGAUAAUGGCUUCGGCUCAGACAUGGUGACUCUUGUACUGGCUAUUGGGAGGAGCCGAUCCCUGAGACAUGUGGCGCUUGGAAGAAACUUCAACGUCCGGUGCAAGGAGACCCUGGAUGACGUCCUGCACCGGAUUGUUCAGCUCAUGCAGGAUGAUGACUGUCCCCUGCAGUCUUUAUCCGUGGCUGAGUCGCGGCUGAAGCUGGGCACCAAUGUCCUGCUCCAGGCCCUGGGCACCAAUCCUAACCUGACAGCGCUGGAUAUCAGCGGCAAUGCCAUGGGGGAUGCGGGAGCCAAGAUGCUGGCCAAGGCGCUACGAAUCAACACAAAGCUCCGGUCUGUGAUCUGGGACCGGAACCACACAUCUGCUCUGGGCCUGCUGGACGUGGCACAGGCCCUGGAGCAGAACCACAGCCUGAAGUCCAUGCCUCUUCCACUGAAUGACGUGACCCAAGCGCAGCGCAGCCGCCCGGAACUGACAGCACGUGCAGUCCAUCAGAUCCAAGCUUGUCUCUUGAGGAACAACCGCGCGGACCCCAGUACUUCAGACCGUGUAUCCCGCCUUCAUCCCUUUGGUCUGGUCUCAGAUCGCUCAGAGCAGGAAGUGAAUGAACUGUGUCAGUCAGUGCAGGAGCAUGUGGAGCUGCUGGGCUGUGGGGCUGGGCCCCAGGGUGAAGCUGCUGUGCACCAGGCUGAGGACGCCAUCCAAAAUGCCAACUUCUCUCUCAGUGUUCUUCCCAUUCUAUAUGAGGCUGGGAGCUCCCCAAGCCAUCACUGGCAGCUUCGUCAGAAGCUGGAGGGCCUCCUGGGACAGGUGGGUGAGGUCUGCCGCCAGGACAUCCAGGACUUCACUCAGAGCACACUGGACACAGCAAGGAACCUCUGCCCACGGAUGUUUCAGGGACCUGGCUGGAAGGAGCAGCUAGAAGUGGUCCUGGUAGGCUCAAGAGGCCUCCCAGAGCUGCUCCCAGAGCAGUUGUUACAAGAUGCUUUCACUAGGCUCAGGGACAUGCGGCUGUCGGUCACAGGGACCCUAGCAGAGAGUAUUGUGGCUCAGGCUCUAGCAGGGCUGAGUGCAGCCCGGGAUCGACUGGUGGAGAGUCUGGCUCAGCAGGCACCAGUGACAAUGCCCCCUACCCUGCUGAAACUAGACGGAAGGAGGCCCCGCUCCCUUGGGCCUGGGGAAUUGGAAGGUCUACACUUCUCUGAGGAGAAGGAAGAAGAAAAUGAGAAGAAUGAUGACCCUCCGUGGAAACUGCCUGAACCCAGCCACCGUCUUCACCUCGUCCCCUCCACCCACAGUGCUGCUGAGGAAGCGGAGCCGGAGCCCGAGCUGGCGGCUCCGGGAGAAGAUGCGGAGCCUCAGGCGGGGCCGUCUGCUCGCGGCUCUCCGAGUCCCGCUGCCCCCGGGCCACAGGCCGGCCCUCUGCCUCGCAUGGACCUGCCACCAGCCGGACAGCCCCUGCGCCAUCCAACCCGGGCCCGGCCGAGACCACGCCGCCAGCACCACCACCGCCCGCCGCCGGGGGGCCCCCAGGUGCCCCCAGCCCUGCCGCAGGAAGGGAAUGGGCUCAGUGCCCGAGUGGACGAGGGUGUGGAGGAAUUCUUCUCCAAAAGGCUGAUCCAACAGGACCGCCUCUGGGCCCCCGAGGAUGACCUGGCCACCGAGGGGGGUGCCACUCCUGUCCCUCGUACGCUUCGAAAGAAACUGGGCACCCUCUUUGCCUUUAAGAAGCCUCGUUCAACACGGGGUCCACGGCCAGAUCUAGAGACCAGCCCUGGGACAGCUGCCCGUGCCAGAAAAACCACACUUGGGGACCUGCUGCGGCCACCAGCCCGUCCAGGCCGUGGUGAGGAGCCUGGAGGAGCUGAAGGGGGCACCAGUAGCCCUGACCCUGCCCGCAGGAGCCGGCCUCGUUACACACGGGAAAGCAAGGCCUACUCAAUGAUUCUGCUACCUGCUGAGGAGGAAGAGGCAACACUGGGUGCCAGACCUGACAAGCGGCGGCCCCUAGAGCGAGGAGAAACAGAACUGGCUCCAUCCUUUGAACAGCGAGUACAAGUGAUGCUGCAGAGGAUUGGUGUAAGCCGGAGCAGCGGGGGAGCUGAAGGCAAGAGGAAGCAAAGCAAAGAUGGCGAGAUCAAGAAAGCUGGCUCAGAUGGUGACAUCAUGGACAGUUCCACAGAGACUCCUCCCAUCUCAAUCAAGUCCCGCACCCACUCUGUGUCUGCUGACCCCUCAUGCAGACCUGGCCCAGGGGGUCAGGGGCCUGAAUCCACCACCUGGAAGACACUGGGGCAGCAAUUGAAUGCAGAACUCAGAGGCCGUGGUUGGGGCCAACAGGAUGGUCCAGGCCCCCCCUCUCCUUGUCCUAGCCCAAGUCCCCGAAGAGCCAGCCCUUCCCCAGAUGUUCUGGGCCUCCCGGAGGACCCCUGUCUGGGCUCCAGGAAUGAAGAUGGCCAGCUGAGGCCACGGCCUCUCUCAAAAGGGCGACGAGCAGUGUCUGUGCAUGAGGACCAGCUCCAGGCCCCUGCUGAACGGCCCCUGCGGCUGCAGCGCUCCCCUGUCCUCAAGCGCAGGCCAAAGCUCGAGGCACCCCCUUCCCCAAGCCUAGGAUCUGGCCUUGGAACCGAACCUCUGCGCCCACAACCCACAGCGUCCCCCAGCCCUGAGCAGAGCUUACCUUCCCCAGUCACAGACCAAAGAGGCGGCGGCCCCAACCCCUGAUCCUCUCCUCUCCUGCCGC